GCUCUCCCCCAUGGGAUGGAGGGUGAGAGUGGAUGAGAUCAGGUGAAACAUCACAGAUUACACUUGGGCAUUUGUACGAGUACAAAAAGCAACGUUCCUUCCGGCAUCCAAACCAACACGUCUCCUGUUUUUGAAGAGCGGGUGUCAGACUGAAUAUAGAGGCACCAUUCUUGGUCUGUAACCGAGGGGGGAAAGCAGCUCACCUUUGGAUUUGCGGAGAUUAGCCAAUUUUAUUCCUUCAGAUAAGCCAACACUCGAAGAAAAAGAUGUCUGUCUACAAAUGUUUGAAGAUAAUACUGUUCGCCUUUAAUUUCAUCAUCUUUCUUGGAGGUGGUUCGAUCUUGGGAAUUGGAAUCUGGAUUAAAGUGGAUGGUGGAAAGUUCCUUGAGCUGCUGCAGAAGGUGUCUGCAUCCCUGAACGUGGUGGCCAAUGUAGGGUACCUGUGCAUCGCUCUUGGUGCCUUCCUGAUGCUCAUCGGCUUCCUGGGAUGCUGCGGAGCGAUGAAAGAAAACAAGUGCAUGCUUAUGAUAUUUUUCCUGUUAAUUCUGGUGAUCUUCCUCGCUCAGCUCGUGGCUGGCGUGGUUAUUCUGGCAUUUUCUAGUUUGGCUGACAUCUUCAUGGCUUACAUUGAUACUUGGCUAAUGAAUUUUGUUAAAAAUGAUUAUGGUCGCACUGAUGCAGUGACGGAAACAUUUGAUGCGGUGAUGAAGCAGUUCAAAUGUUGCGGAAUCCAUGGCCACACCGACUUUACAGACUCAUAUUUCUUCAAUACCAACCAACACUAUCCUGAUGAAUGCUGCCCAGUGAAACUAUUCAACGUUCCUUGCAUAUUGCCCACUCUAUCGCAGGGUUGCUAUCCGGUAUUCCUGAAAUUUUUAAAGAGUAACACUAUGAUACUUGGGAUAGUUGCCGUGGCAAUUGGCGUGCUCGAGAUCGGAGCAAUGGCUUCAUCCAUGAUAAUGUACUGUGAAAUCAAGAAACAGUCAAGUGUUGCAUGAAGAUGGGGAAGCCCGUGCUUGUAACACCAUUUUAUUCAUCAUAAGUGUCCUUCUAUAAAUUGAACUUAAGUAAAGAGAGGUUAUUGCUAAUAAAUGAAAUAUUUUUCAUCACUAUCAACAUGUAGCAUGCACAAAGGGCAUGAGUGAGGCAGAAAUGUGGCUGCUUAUUACUAUCAUUUCAUCAUUUCCACCACUUAACCAACAAUAAAUUAAUUCACUGUCUCGUUUCUUAAUCUACUGCAGAUCACCAUAAAUAUACAUUUUUUGUACACCAUUUGCAUUCAAAUGUUUUGAGGCAGGUACUAUAACACCACUUAAAAGGCAUUUGGA